AUGAGUGACGCAAACGUUAACACAGUUUCAAGGGAAGCAUCGAUCGAUAUUCCAGUACCUGAAAAGCAUCAUUCCAAAGCAUAUGGAUCUGUACGACGUAGCUCAAUCUUUCCUGGUUUUAAUCCUAAUAUGUUCGCCGCUCGGAUGCGUCGCCAAUCAACACGAAGCUCCAUCCCACGUAAUGGUUACGAGCGUCGAACUAUUCGAUAUGAAAGUACAUACCAAAUGGAACCUGACCAGAAUCAUAAAGUUGAUAUGGAUCAAUUACGUCGUGUAGCAUCAGAGACCCUUGCUACAGCGCUGCUCAGUUAUCGUUACGACGCCAAUCGUGCAAGAAAGUUCUCUUCGAAUCUAGCAGAACGAAUACGGAAUGAUAUCAAACAAUUGUCAUACACACGUUACAAAAUUGUCGUACACGUCGUUGUCGGACAAAGAAAAAGUCAAGGUGUGUUGGUAGCUAGUCGAUGUUUGUGGGAUGUUACAUUAGAUCGUCAUGUCACCAUUACAAAACAAACAAGAAAUGCGUACAUAACAGUAACGAUAUUUCUUGUUUAUAAUGAGUAA